AUGGAGUUACCGGUGAAAGCUCCCAUUCCCGGUGGCCGGAAAAUCUUAUACAGACUAGAAACCAAGAAUCUAUCGUAUAGAUUAUGCGGAAACACUCCAAAAUUUUCUAACUUAUGUGGUUUGUUGAAUGACAAGGAAGAAAAAGUUAUCUUAAAGGAUGUUUCUUGUGAUGCAAGAUCCGCAGAGAUCACCGCGAUCGCAGGUCCUAGUGGCGCCGGGAAAACAACGUUGCUAGAGAUUCUCGCCGGAAAAGUUUCUCAAGGGAAAGUCUCAGGGCAGGUUCUUGUCAAUGGUAUGCCAAUGGAUGGUCCUGAGUACAGGAGGGUUUCAGGGUUUGUGCCGCAAGAAGAUGCUCUGUUUCCGUUUCUUACGGUGCAAGAAACACUGACGUACAGCGCACUCCUUAGGCUGAAGACAAACAGGAAAGAAGCGGCUGCGAAGGUGAAGAAGCUGAUUCAAGAACUCGGUCUCGAACAUGUUGCGGAGUCGAGGAUCGGAGAAGGAUCAAGAUCUGGGAUCUCUGGGGGAGAGAGAAGAAGGGUUUCUAUUGGAGUAGAGCUUGUUCAUGAUCCAAAUGUUAUACUGAUUGAUGAGCCAACUUCUGGUUUGGACUCUGCUUCGGCUCUUCAAGUUGUGAUGCUUCUCAAAGAUAUGACGGUUAAGCAAGGCAAGACCAUUGUUCUGACGAUUCACCAGCCCGGUUAUCGCAUACUUGAGCAGAUAAACCGGAUAGUCUUGCUCUCUAAUGGCCUGGUCGUUCAAAACGGAUCGGUUAGUAGCCUUCAACAGAAGAUUAAGUUCUCCGGCCACCAGAUUCCUCGCCGUGUGAAUGUCUUGGAGUACGCGAUCGACAUUGCAGCGACUCUUGAACCGAUCAUAACUCAGAGUUGCAGAGAGAUCUCGUGUUAUGGUCAUAGCAAAACAUGGAAGAGUUGCUACACUAAAGCAGGAGGAGAGUUUCAUCAGUCUGAUUCUCACAGCAACUCCGUGGUAGAGGAAGUGCGUAUACUAGGGCAAAGAUCUUGCAAGAACAUCUUCAGAACCAAACAACUGUUCACAACCAGAGCUUUACAAGCCUCCAUAGCCGGUCUAAUACUCGGGUCGAUUUACUUGAACGUCGGAAAUCAAAAGCAAGAAGCCAAAGUCUUGCGAACCGGGUUUUUCGCCUUUACCCUCACUUUCCUGCUAUCUUCCACAACAGAGGGACUUCCGAUUUUCUUGCAAGACAGAAGAAUCUUGAUGAGAGAGACAUCAAGAAGAGCUUACAGAGUUUUGUCUUACGUUUUAGCGGAUACUCUCAUCUUCAUUCCCUUCCUGUUGAUCAUAAGCAUGUUCUUUGCUACACCGGUUUACUGGCUGGUCGGUCUCAGAAGAGAGCUUGACGGGUUCCUCUACUUCUCGUUGGUGAUCUGGAUCGUUCUUCUCAUGUCAAACUCUUUCGUUGCAUGUUUCAGUGCUCUCGUCCCAAACUUUAUAAUGGGGACAUCAGUGAUCUCAGGUCUCAUGGGAUCUUUCUUCCUCUUUUCUGGUUACUUCAUCGCGAAAGAUAGGAUCCCGGUUUACUGGGAGUUCAUGCAUUAUCUCAGCCUCUUCAAGUAUCCAUUCGAAUGCCUGAUGAUCAACGAGUAUCGAGGAGACGUGUUCUUAAAGCAGCAAGACCUCAAGGAGUCUCAGAAAUGGAGUAAUCUUGGUAUCAUGGCAAGCUUCAUCGUCGGGUACAGAGUCCUUGGAUUCUUCAUCUUGUGGUAUAGAUGUUACAGAACAAGAAGCUAG